AUGUACGCGCUCGUAGUGUCGGUAGCGUUGGCCUGCCUGGUGCAGGUCGUGCACAGCAGCCCAGACUUUGGCAUCCAGGCCACGGUCGAGGGUAAGGACGCGGUCCUGCAAUGGGCUCUGGUGGCGAAAACGAAUUUCUUGCGCGUGGACGACUACAUCAUGCCGGCCCAGAAGUCCGACAUCAGCAAACUGGGGGACGCCGCGAUCAUCCUGUCCGGCAUCGGGCUGCAGGUGAACACCCUUGGGCCGGCCCUGAUCGAUACCAUCACCACUGCGACGGACGAUGAUUCGGGCGAUAUCGCGGGGGCGUACGCCCAGAUCAGCUUUGCCCGCAUCAUGUUUGAGGACUACAUCAGCAACACGCUGCUGGUGCAGAUCCAGAGCAUUGAGGCCCUGCUAGGGUUCCACAUCCGCGAUCAGCUGAACGAUGACUUCUUCCACAUCACGGAUCGGCUGGAUAGACUGAACCAAACGCUGGAAACGUUGCAGCAAGCCGUCGAGGACGCCGAGCAGGCCGCCGGGGGUGGAAUCCUGUCGAAUGACCUCGUCAAGCAGUUUGUCACCCCGGACCUGGUGGCUCAACUCGCCCGCCAUCUGGGACUUCUGGCGCACCGCAUACCGGUGCUGAUCUACACGCUCACGUCUUCGCUGGAGAACAUUCAGCAGGCGGAUGACUACUUCUACGGGUUGAUGGAGGACACGACGCGCGUGCUGGACGAGAUCGACCAGACCGAAAGCGACUUUUAUGACGAUGUCAUAGCCUACUCGACGGAAGUUGAAACAGCCAUGAACAAUCUGAUUGCAGACUACGCGGAUGACUAUACCAGGGCGACCGCGACGGCACAGACGUUAAACAACGCUGGUCUCACGACGGCCAUCACUGGCUUCAGCACCGUUCGCGGCACAAAGCUAGGCGUUAAGCUUGCAGCUUACAUGGCACUCUACCAGAGCAAGAUAGACGAGCUAUCCAAGCUGCUGCCGAUCGAAACCAACUUCUUCUUCGAAACGAACGAACACCCGGCGGGCGUACUGGUGGACGUGCUGAUUGCUAACGGACCCUGGUCUCGGUUCUGCUUCUGGAAGUACUCGGCUGUCCUGCACAACCUGCUGCUCGUGUCCAACUACGCCAGUGAGUGUCUGGAUCGCGAACGUGACCGGCUGGAAACGCUAAAGGAGGCACUGCUCAUCGAGAUCGAGCUGUUCGAGUACGAUCUGGAGAUCAUCGACCCGUACUCGACGGCAUGCAACUUCGUGCCGGCCGGUGCCACCUCAAGGGUCGCUGAAUGUGCCAGCGCGCUUGGCGGUUACUUCUCCACCAUGUCCAACGCGUACGACACAAAGCUCGCAGCGUUCGUUCAGUUGGCCGAAAUCGAGCUGAAGGCCGCCAAGGAGCGAUUGUCGGUGUGCUGGAUGACCAGGAUGCAGCAGUCGUUCGUCGCAUUCCAGGACAUCGUGGCGGACAUCGUUGCUUGCGGCGAGUCAGGACCACUGGCCUAG